GUUGAUUUUUCUGUAGAGUUUGUGAACUAGGACUGCACAGGACUGUACGGGCAGGUACUGAUUCUUCUCCAAGAAGGGUUAUCAGGGGAGGAGGGGCAUACAGAGGCAGGGCACAAAUGGGCACGCAAAUAGUUUAAGGUACAUCUGCCAUGUAUAAAGUUAGAUUCUACUCACACCCUAAAAAAAUACAUAUCCUGCUAUGAAUAAUAGGGAAAGUCACUAUUCAAAUGAGAACUUGAAAUUCCUAUUGUUUACAACAUGGCCUUUUCUCUUUUGUUUGUCAAGAAAGGGUUAAAUCUGGAUACAGAAAUUUCUUGCAUGCUAGGCUCAUAGUUCACCACGUUGUUCCGUGAUUUUUGUGUGAUCUUCUGAGGUUUCUAAUGUACUGUGUGUUGCUAGCAACUUAUGAAGGCAUACUAGCUUUCCCUUGAUUCCUAACAUGCAUGAUUUCUCUUAAUACAAGAAUUAUGUAUAUAUUUUCACAAACUUGUUUGCCUGUCAAAUCUAAGCUUUGUUUUAUCAGUCACUCCACCCAAUUAAUUUGAAUUAUAAUGAUUAAUCACAUAAAUACAUAUUACUGGAAAAUGACUCGCUCAAAAUGGUUACUUGAGGAGUUUGAUGUUUUAGCUUGUUCAACUUGCUUAAAUCUACUUGCAGGUUGAUUUUUCUGCAGAGUUUGUGAACUAGGACUGCACAGGACUGUACGGGCAGGUGAGCUCAACCUCCUCUCUUUUCAUUAUCUCUAUUGUGCAUGUCUAUAUAUAAUAUGUUAGCGCAACAUAAAUCAUGAGCUGUCUAGUGAAUUAGUUGACAAUAAAUCAUGAGCUGUCUAGUGAAUUAGUUUUCUCCUAUCCUAGUGAAAGUCCUAAAAGUGCCCUAUCUCAAAUGCUGGUACCAUUACAUAGUUACUAUAUAAGCUAUAUAUACUGCUAAGCGAAUGACUGGCCAUGUUUGCGGUUUUUUUUUCUUGACAGUUAGGAUCAAUACCAUGAAUGCUUUAGUAGCAUUCAGACAUGAUUCUAUUGCUCAUAGAGGCCAUAUUUGUGUCUCUGAGUUUGCUUAUCAAAUAGGAGUACAUAUUUUGCUAUUGUGAGUUUGCACAUUAAAACACAUUGGAAGGAUAAAUAUCAGACAAAUGAGCAUGAAAGUUGGCCUCCUCAAAUUAUUUCUCUUUAGCUCUCCCUAUUAAAGAUCAAAGUAUCCGGUUCACUAAUUUAAUAUGAUUUUGCAGGUACUGAUUCUUCCCCAAGAAGGGUUACUAGGGGAGGAGGGGCAUACAGAGGCAGGGCACAAAUGGACAUGCAAAUGUAUAGAGGUCACGCCGUCGUGGCUGCACUGGUUCUGCUUACCACCGUCACUGCAGCAAGCCCAACUGGCUACUGGGGUUACCUCUGUGAUGGUGGGAACUACAGUGCGCCCAGCAAGUACCAGCAGAACCUUGAACAGCUCUCCGCCACGCUGCCUGAAGCAGUCGCCUCCUCCCCCACUUUGUUCCACACGCAGGCAGUUGGCUCCAGCCACGAUAGAGCAUAUGCUCUGGCAAGAUGCCGCGGUGACACAGAGGCCGACGACUGCAGGAGAUGCCUUACACAGGCCUUCCAGGACGCCCGGGCUGUUUGCACGUUCAGGAAGGGUAUUUCCAUCUACUACGACACGUGCAGCCUCUGGUUCGCUGAGAAGAAGAUCAAAAUUCAUCUUGGAGAUUCGCAGUCAGUCCUUAGGGCGGAUGGUCCCCCUAUACCUACCCAAUGCAAGGCCUUCCAGAACGAUGCCAGUACACUUAUCGCAGAUGUGGCGAGGAAGGCAUCAGAUUCUUCUCAAAGAUAUGCCACGGGAGAAAAGGGUCGUGAUGAGCGUGCCUGCAACUACACACUAUACACUCUUGCUGACUGUCUACCUGGAAUUUCAGCUGCUCAGUGUCAGGUCUGUUUGGAAGAUCUAACCUCUACACCAGGCCUGAGUGGUGGGCAAAUGGGUGAGCGAAAGGCUACCCUGUUGUGCAGUUACCGUUUGGAGCCUUAUCAGUUCUUCAGGGAUACAAAAGGACACAAGAACAAGACUGUUUGGAUCGUGGUGGGUGUAGCGGGAGGCGCAGUGCUACUGGCAAUCGCCUUGCUACUUUGGUGGUGGCUUCUGGCUAAACGUCCUUCUGCGAUAGAUUCCUUCAACAAAAUCACAGCCAACUGGCAGGGCAAGACGAUAGCCCUCUUCUUGGACUACGACGGAACCCUGGCGCCAAAAGUAGAUAAUCCUGACGAGGCAUACAUGUCCAGCGAGAUGCGCGAAGUUGUUCAAGAACUUGCCUCCUUGUGCGCCACUUCAGUCGUCAGUGGAAGGGCCCGCGAUAAGGCGGAAAGUUUCGUAAUGAUCGAAAACCUGCACUAUGCAGGGAGCCACGGAGCAGAAAUCAAACUCAUUGACGAAACAGAAGCCUACGAACCUGCCCGCAAGUACGUGCCUGUUAUAAAUCAGGCAAGAGAGCGUUUGGAGGAGGCUAUCAAAGAAAUAAAGGGUGCAAGCAUUGAACAUAAGAAAUUCGGGAUUUCCGUGCACUACCGGUGUGUUGAGGAGGAGGAACAGGAACUGGUUAAGAAGCUUGCCAAGCAAACCAUUAAAGGUUUCUCUGAGCUCACAGUAACUAAGGGUGACAAGGUUGUUGAAGUUCGUCCUAAGGCUGAAUUCAACAAGGGGUUUGCAGUCAAGUAUAUACUCGAGCAGCUAGCCCGCAAAAACAACUGGGACAGUUCUCAGGUGGUCGCUAUCUUUAUCGGUGACGAUAAGACAGAUGAAGAUGCAUUCAAGGUGCUUUGGAAACGAGUUGGCGGACUGGGGAUCCUUGUCAACAAGAAACGCAAGUGGACCAAAGCCUCGUAUUCCCUUGAAGACCCGGCUCAGGUAAUGUAUUCAACCUCAAAUGCAUUGCAUUGUGUAGUCUUGUUAGUUGUACCCAGUAAAAUAACUACUAAUAUUUUAACUUUGAUUCAGGUGCAAAAAUUUCUUCAAAUGCUCCUGAGCUGGAAGAAGAAGGCAGAGGCUGAAGUUUGAGCACAGCUUUGAUACAUGUCAUUCGGUUGUUAACUUGUUAUAUAAAACUUCUGAAUAACAAGUACUAGUUUAUGUUCCAAGCAAGUUGGGUAGAGGCUAGAGAUGCAACCCAACAGAAAACCGUGAGAACCUAAACGAGAAGCGAGAAAGCACUAGUAAAUAAAAUAAAGCCCUUUUGUGUGUAAUAAGUACAUAAUUGAGUUGGAUCUGUGUGGAUUCUUUGUUUCUCCACACAUGGCAAGUUACUUAUCCGUCCGAUAUCUAAAGCCCUUUGGCUUUGCCUAUAGGACAGUUGUGCUCUUUUUUGUGUGACAAUUUUUCUGCUCUCCUAAGAUAAGAAGCAAUGCAAUGUGCUAAAUCGCUAAAGAAGUUAUCAAAUAAAUCCUGCAAAUAUUUCUGAAUUUGGUUCAGAAUGCCCUCUCUUUGGGGAAGUUACAAAAAAAAAUACAGUAUGCAGUGCAAUGCAUGUGCCGCGCCAGAGUGAAGGGGACUAAGCGAGAAGGGAGGGAAAAAGGAGGAGAGCGAGCGUCAC